AGACAAUAUCUUUUGCGCCGAGCUGAAAAUAUGGUCAAAUCAUACUUGAAAUAUGAGCAUGCGAGGACCUUCGGGCUCAUUACUUCAAGCCAUGCGAACGCAGUCUGGACUCUCGGCGACAAUUCGUCAAGCAGCGCCCGGAACACUGGGGCUGGUCGAGCUGUUGUCGCAGCAAACGAAGAAGUGCUUUGCUGGGAUGUGAAAAAGGGAGAGCUUUUGAGUCGCUGGAAAGCCAGUGACUGCAAAUCACAGGUGACUGUAAUUGCACAGAGCAAGACGGAUCGCGACAUAUUCGCUGUUGGUUACGAAGAUGGCAGCAUCAGGAUAUGGGAUUCCAAAAUUGCCACUGUUAUUGUCAGUUUCAAUGGGCAUAAGUCAGCGAUCACAAAGCUUGCUUUCGACAAGUCUGGCGUGAGGCUGGCAAGUGGAUCUAGAGAUACAGAUGUGAUCGUCUGGGACUUGAUCGCUGAGGUUGGACUAUUCAAGCUGAGAGGCCACAAGGACCAAAUUACUGGACUGGAAUUUCUUCAGCCGAGUGCACCAAUAACUACGGAGGACGACGAGAUGGCCGUUGACACCGAAGAGGGCGUAUCGGAAGGUUUCCUUCUAACAACUGGCAAAGAUUCUCUCGUGAAAAUCUGGGAUAUCAGCUUGCAACACUGUAUCGAGACACAUGUCGCUCAGUCGAAUGGAGAAUGCUGGGCGCUUGGUAUCUCGCCUGAUGGCAGCGGCUGCAUAACUGCUGGCAAUGAUGGAGAGAUGAAAGUGUGGUCGAUCGACACCAAUGGCCUAUAUGCACUCACGAAAAGUGUUGAUAGGCCUCUCGACCGCCACUAUCUCACAUCACGAGGGCUUUUGCAUAGGCAAGGAAAAGACAAGGCGCUGGAGGUCACCUUCCACCCAAAACUAGAUUUCUUUGCUGUCCAUGGCUCCGAAAAGGCUGUAGAGAUAUGGAGAAUCAAGUCACCUGAAGAAGUUAAGAAGAGCCUUGCCAGGAAACGUAAGAGGAGGCGCGAAAAGCUUGUGGCGGCGGGUAAAGCCAUCGAAGAAAACGACGAUAAGGCCGACGAUGUAUCAAGUGCUGAUAUCUCUGAGGUCUUUGUGCAAUAUGUCAUCGUUAGAACUGGCGGUCGAGUUAAAUCUGCCGACUGGAUAUCCGGCAAGUCGUCAAAAAGUGUUGAACUGCUCGUGUCGACAACAAACAACCAGCUUGAGAUUUACAAGGUACCAACAAAGGAGAAGAAGGCUCAGGCCGAGGGAAUGCCGGAUUAUACGAGGGCAUUCUCAGUCGACCAGCCUGGCCACCGAGUUGAUAUCAGAGCUUUGGCCCUGAGCUCCGACGACAGGAUGCUAGCUUCGGCUUCAAAUGGAAGUCUGAAGAUUUGGAACAUCAAGACCAGGAGUUGUAUUCGAACAUUUGAAUGCGGCUACGCUUUAUGUUGCUCAUUCUUACCGGGUGACAAGAUUGUGGUGGUGGGAACAAAGGCUGGCGAGCUAGAGCUGUUCGAUGUUGCAUCUGCAGUACUAAUUGACACAGUCAAGGCACAUGAGGGAGCAAUUUGGACACUUCAAGUGCAGCCUGAUGGAAGGUCCGUCGUGUCUGGUAGCGCAGACAAGUCUGCAAAAUUCUGGAACUUCGAAAUCGUGCAAGAAGAAAUCCCUGGAACAAAGCGCACGACACCUAAACUACAGUUGGCACACACUCGGACCCUGAAGGUUGCCGACGACGUACUCAGUCUCAAAUUCUCGCCAGAUUCUCGCCUCUUGGCUGUUGCGCUCCUUGAUAACACAGUCAAGGUGUUCUUCAACGACUCUCUCAAGCUCUUCCUAAACCUAUACGGCCACAAACUACCUGUUUUGAAUAUGGAUAUCUCAUUCGACAGCAAGCUUAUUGUAACUUGCUCUGCCGAUAAAAAUGUUCGACUAUGGGGUCUAGAUUUUGGUGAUUGCCACAAGGCCUUCUUUGCCCACCAAGACAGUAUUUUGCAGGUAGCAUUCGUUCCGCAUAACCAGGAUGGAAAUGGGCAUCACUUCUUCAGCAGCAGCAAAGACAAGAUGAUCAAGUACUGGGAUGGAGAUAAAUUCGAGCAGAUUCAGAGAUUAGAUGGGCAUCACGGGGAGAUUUGGGCACUGGCUGUUAGCAGGACCGGAUCGUUCCUUGUUAGUGCCAGUCACGACAAGAGCAUCCGCGUCUGGGAGCAGACUGAUGAGCAAAUCUUCCUCGAGGAAGAGAAGGAGAAAGAGCUGGAGGAAUUGUAUGAGAGCACCCUGACAACCUCGCUAGAGAAGGACGGGAAUGAUGACGACGAAGCUGGCGAUGCAGGCAAGCAAACUAUCGAAACACUCAUGGCCGGAGAAAAGAUCGUCGAGGCUCUAGAACUGGGCGUCGCAGACCAUGAAUUGAUGGAAGAAUACAAGCUGGAAAAGGCAGCCAACCCAAACACAGCUCCACCGCCAAGGAAUCCCCUUUAUUUAGCUCUUGGAAACAUCAGCGCUGAGCAGCAUGUCAUGACCGUCUUACAACGCAUCAAGGCUGCAGCUCUUCAAGAUGCUCUACUCGUCCUUCCUUUCUCGAUACUGCCACUUCUCUUCACCUUUUUGAACAUCUUCGCGGAAAGAUCGAUGAAUAUUCCAUUGACCUGCCGGAUAUUAUUCUCCAUGCUGAAGAUUCACCACAAGCAACUUGUUGCAAGCAAGUCUAUGAAGGUCGUCCUCGAUGGAGUCCGAAAUAACCUGAGGAAGUCUCUGCAGAGACAAAAGGAUCAGAUGGGCUACAACCUUGCUGCACUUCGCAUCGUUGGGACCCAGAUCCAAGAACAUGGCGUCACGGACUACAUAGAUGAAGAGACUUGGGAUGAGGCGGAAAAGAAGGUCGAAAAGAAACGUGGGUUUGUUCACGUAUCGUAAAUGUUGGGGUUUUAUAUAGCAUAGAAAGAUGCGUAUGUAGGAUUUGAGGCCGAGGCUAUGAUAGGAGUAAGGGGAAUCUUAAUACCAGUUUAAAUGUUAUUUUUUCGUGCAAAUAAUAAAUACUU